CCGGUGCACAUAAUUCUCCCUACUCUGUAUUUGAUCGUCUUCACCACCACCACCACCACCACCACCACCACCAUCAUCAUCGUCAUCAUAAUCAUCAUCAUCAGCAGCAGCAGCAGCAUCAGCAUCAUCAUCACCACCACAGGAGCUCCAGCACCAACGCUUUUUUCACUCCCGGUAUUUGCAGUGGUGAAGCUCGUUAUUUUUGCACCGUGACGCCGAGCGCCCGCGAAACGACCGGAGCGCGCUCACGUUACGGAGCCGCGAGAUUCCGCGCGCGCCGCCGCUUCAGCUCCGAGGAAGCAGUAAUAGUUGGUUGUUUCGCACGAGCGCCAAGGAAAAAAAUCCGCUCUUUCUAAUUCAAGAUCCUGUCGGUGCCCGACAAAACCUAGCACCGCGAGAUACAAACCGAAAGGGGAGGGAGGAAUCGCACGACGUGCGCGGUUGUAGCAGGACUACCCAAGGCUGGCUGUUCACUACUGGGAGGCAUGGCACAGACUAACAGCUAUGGACAGAGCAGCAAUGGAGUAGCUGAUGAGUCUCCCAACAUGCUUGUCUACAGAAAAAUGGAGGAUAUUAUCGCUCGAAUGCAGGACGAAAAGAAUGGCAUUCCCAUUCGAACAGUGAAGAGUUUUUUGUCCAAGAUUCCCAGUGUCUUUUCAGGUUCAGACAUUGUGCAGUGGAUGAUCAAAAACCUAGACAUUGAAGAUCAAGUUGAGGCUCUUCACCUGGGAACUCUGAUGUCUGCCCAUGGCUAUUUCUUUCCCAUCUCAGACCACGUGCUCACACUGAAGGAUGAUGGGACAUUUUAUAGAUUUCAGACUCCCUACUUUUGGCCUUCAAACUGCUGGGAACCAGAGAACACUGAUUAUGCUGUUUACCUCUGUAAGCGGACCAUGCAGAAUAAAGCCCGGCUGGAACUUGCUGACUAUGAAGCUGAAAGUUUAGCGCGGCUACAGAGGGCUUUUGCACGGAAAUGGGAGUUUAUAUUUAUGCAAGCAGAAGCACAAGCUAAAGUGGAUAAGAAACGGGACAAAAUCGAGCGGAAGAUUCUAGACAGUCAAGAGCGAGCUUUCUGGGAUGUGCACAGACCCGUGCCUGGCUGUGUGAAUACGACAGAAGCCGACAUCAAGAAAUCCUCCAGGAUGAAACAGCCACACAAAACACGCAAGUCAGUGUACGGUUUACAGAAUGACGUCCGCAGUCACAGUCCCACACACGCCAGCACACCUGAGCUUAAAGAGCCCACUGAGGAGGAGCUACAAGAACAGAUACAGUAUUGGCAAGCACAGUUGGACAGACAUCGAUUAAAAAUGUCCAAAGUUGCAGAAAGUUUGUUGAGCUACACAGAGCAGUACAUAGAGUACGACCCCUUCUUAACCUCACCUGAGACAUCAAACCCCUGGAUCUCAGACGACAAUACUCUCUGGGAACUGGAAGCCAGUAAGGAGCCGGUUCAGCAGAGGGUGCGGCGCUGGGGUUUUGGGUGUAAUGAGGUUCUGAAGGAUCCUGUAGGAAGAGACCAGUUCCUGAAGUUCCUGGAAUCUGAAUUCAGCUCAGAGAACUUGUGGUUCUGGCUUGCUGUGCAGGAGCUUAAGAAGCAGCCGAUCCGUAAGGUGCCCAAUCAAGUGCAGGAGAUCUGGGAUGAGUUUCUGGCCCCCGGAGCCCCAAGUGCCAUCAACCUCGACUCCAAGAGCUACGAUAAGACCAUGCAGAAUGUUAAAGACCCAGGACGCUACACGUUUGAAGAUGCUCAGGAGCACAUCUACAAGCUGAUGAAGAGCGACUCAUACAGCCGCUUUAUUCGAUCCAGUGCCUACCAGGAGCUUUUACAGGCCAAGAAGAAGGUAAAGUUCCACAAAAGACUGGAGACAACCAUUUAAAUACCCAGCUCAAGCAUGUCUGGCUAACAUAAUCCCAUCUGCUAUUGCUCUUCCUUGCCAUCUCUAGCCCAUGUUUGCUCUCUGCUGCCCUCUACUGCCCCUAUAGCUCCAUGUUUACUUCUUACUAUCCCACACUGUCCCCAUAUACCCCACAGCAUUGCUACUCUUGUUUUAUUUUUGCUCUUUGCUGCCAUUAUUGCGUUUUAUUGUCUUAAAUCCACCACAUCCCCCACCACGUUGCCCCACUCUGGCAGUCUUGGGGCAGGAGAAACUUCAGUGCAGACAUUGUCAUUAUCAUGCAGGAAGAUUUUCUCCACAGCCUGCAGGAUUAUGUGCCUUUUAUAUUCAGGUCAGCCUGAGAGAUGUGUUAAACAGACUGUUUUUUUGAUGUGGACUAAGCUCAUGUCUUCGCCGUCUCUCAGAACCAGAGAUUUUAUUCGUUUCUGUUUGAUAUUUUUCCAGCAUGGCUCUGUUUCUCUCUCUCUGUUUCUCUCUGUGUUUUUCUCUGUGUUUUUCUCUCUCUCUCUCUCUCUCUCUCUCUCUCUCUCUCUCUCUCUGUGUUAAAGCUUUUGAUCAUUUUCACUUGGCCUUGUUUGUAUUAAUUUCUUUCUCACUUCUGUACCUUUUUGCAUUGUUUCUUUAUGUCCAUGUUUUUUUUGCUGGGGUUCGCUCUCUUUUUCUGUUCUUUGUGUGUUGUUUUCUUUUUUCUGGUCUUCUGAAGCGAGUUCUGAAGCAUGUACACUAGGAACAGCAGAGAUUCAGAGAUUUUCUUGUAAUCGUGGUAAGUGUGGCUUGCACAGAGAGCUAAGCCCAGCUUGGUUCUCUCAGACUGAAUAUGUGAGGAUGACAGAGAAAUACAGUUUCAGCGAAAAUAAUUACAGCACAAUACAAUUAAGAUAUUUCCCUUCAAAAAGUCACUAAUGGUUUCGUGCUAUUGUCAGGAGAUUGUGACUUUAAACGCUGAUGACAACCGAGCCAUCCAUAGCCAUGAGCCAAGAAAGCCAAAUUAGCUGUGCUCUCUAAGCUCUAUCUGUGAGGGAUGGUGUUACAGUUUCUCCUGUCGAUCGCAGUAUCUAUGGCUUCAUGUACAGUAUGUGGAAGAGGGCAGAUAGCAGCUACCUCCAAGUGUGCUACACUGCCCUGUGAUUAGGCAUGAGCACCAACUGCUCUAGUUAAUUGCAAAAAGGGAAUAAAAAGGGGGUAGUUUAGCAUUUAAUAUGAACUCUGAUGUAUACAUUUAUUUUGAUGUUGGACUACUAAACAAUAGGUUCAAUCCCAACACCACCAGGGUGUCACUUCUGGGUGUCACACUUUACCCUCAACUGCUCGGUUCUAUAGAUGUAAUAAAUCUCUCUGGAUACGGGCAUCUUCCACAUAAUGCUAAUAAACUAUAAGAAGAAAAAACCCCACAUGAGGCAUCAGGAUGCAUUAGGAAGAUAAUUGUUCAACACAAAGCAAAUGGUCACAGUUUACAGUAAAGUUGUGGCUUUAUGAUAGAGUAUGUGUUUGGUUUUGU